CGCCCCGGGCAGCCUCUGCUCCGGCGGCCGUCGGUGAGCGGAGGAGCGGCCCCGCUCCGGGCGAGGCCGGUGUUUUGUUUCUGUGCUUUGCAGCCAGAGCGCCGCGCUGAGCUUCUCUCACACCCUGCUUCAGGUGUGCACAGCUGCUGGGCAGCUGGUGCCAUUUAAACAGAGCUAGGGUGAAGAUUUCAGGUUUGCCCUUCAAGGCAGACCAGCACUUCAUUUCUAAUGAGAAGUCAGUCAUCCAAAACCCAUCUUAAUGAAAAUGCUGCGUUGUACUGGAUUAACCCUGCUGUACGCUGCUGAGGAAUGAGGGGUGUGGCACUGGGAGCUUCUGAAACAAAGUACCUGCAGUGCUUUUGUGAUAUUGUUAUUUUCUGCCAUCAGACAAUCUGGAAUACUUGGAAACACAGAUUUGUUUAGUCAUGAGAUGGAUCACAGACCCCUGCUUACUAACUGGCAUAAGAUGGCAUGUUUUUAGCCACCGUGGCUGGAAUUCAUCUUCCCUAACCCCCAGCAUCUGAAAGGUCAGCACUCCAAAAAUCUGACAGAUGCUUGUGCAGCUGGCUCUGGAGUCUCAUCCAACACUUGGUACAUUUUGAGGAGUUCUGGAAGCAGUGUACAAGCCUGUUGCAGCACUCCACUCAAGGCAAGAAGAUUUAUCAGAAGAGUCUUUUCUUUGCACAGCCUGUGUGCAGGUUGCCUGGGAGUGUCGUGUUUGUCCUGAGAGCAUGUUCCCUCUGUGGUCUCCAUGGCACCACCGCGUAAUGGAACUCUGAGACACCUUGUUAUGAAGGCAAGAACUUUUGAAGUGGAAUGGAUGGGGAUAUAAUGACUCCAAAUUCAUCUUCAAUAAGAAGGGUCAAGCAGAAUUCACAGGAAAAAGGUACAGAUUAGGUGGUAUGGUAUUACCAACUUUUAAGGAAUGGAUAGAAAAAACCUUUGGAGCAAGUCUGGAGCACAAAACUACCUCUAGAGCAUCCUUAAAUGUUAAUGAUGUACCUCCAUCCAUUGUAAAUGAAGAAUUUCUUCAGGAUCUUAGAGCCACUAAAAUCUCAUAUUCCCAGGAUGCUGAAGAUAGGGUAUUCAGAGCUCAUGGUCACUGCCUACAUGAGAUAUUUGUACUCAGGGAAGGAAUGUUUAAGCGAAUUCCUGAUAUAGUUGUAUGGCCUGUUUGCCAUGAAGACGUAGUUAAAAUUGUGGAAUUAGCCUGCAAACACAAUCUCUGCAUAAUACCAUUUGGUGGAGGUACAAGUGUCUCUAGUGCCCUUGAAUGUCCUGAAGAAGAAAAAAGAACAAUUGUCUCCCUGGAUACAUCACAAAUGAAUCGGAUCCUCUGGAUAGAUGAAAAGAACUUAACAGCUUGUGUAGAAGCUGGCAUUGUUGGACAAGAUCUGGAAAAACAGCUUGCGGAAAGUGGCUUCUGUACAGGCCAUGAACCAGACUCCAUGGAAUUCAGUUCACUAGGAGGAUGGGUAGCAACACGAGCAUCAGGCAUGAAAAAAAACAUCUAUGGAAACAUUGAAGAUCUGGUGAUUCAUAUAAAAAUGGUGACUCCUAGAGGAAUAGUAGAAAAAAACUGUCAAGUACCUCGCAUGUCAACAGGACCUGAUAUCCAUCACUUCAUUAUGGGAUCUGAAGGAACUCUUGGAGUGGUUACUGAAGUUACAAUAAAGAUUCGCCCAGUCCCUGAAUACCAGAAGUACGGCUCUGUGGUCUUCCCCAACUUUGAGCGAGGGGUGGCCUGCUUGAGGGAAGUGGCAAAGCAGAGAUGUGCUCCUGCAUCAAUUCGCCUUGUUGACAAUGCACAGUUUCAGUUUGGUCAUGCUCUUAAACCACAAGUUGCUUCCAUUUUUACAUCGUUUUUGGAUGGACUGAAAAAGUUCUACAUCACUAAGUUUAAAGGAUUUGAUCCCAACAUACUGUGUGUAGCUACCUUGCUCUUUGAGGGUGACAGAGAGAAGGUUCUUCAGCACGAGAAGCAAGUCUAUGAUAUUGCCACCAAGUUUGGUGGCUUGGCAGCAGGAGAAGAUAAUGGACAGAGAGGAUACAUGCUGACGUUUGUCAUCGCUUACCUUCGGGACCUAGGCCUGGAUUAUUACGUAAUAGGAGAAUCAUUUGAGACAUCUGUUCCUUGGGAUAGGGUUUUGGACCUUUGUAGAAAUGUAAAGGAAAGGAUAGUACGAGAAUGCAAAGAAAAGGGUGUUCAGUUUGCUCCUCUUUCCACCUGUAGGGUGACACAGACUUAUGAUGCAGGUGCAUGCGUCUACUUCUACUUUGCCUUUAACUACAGAGGAAUUAGUGAUCCUAUUCAUGUCUAUGAACAAAUUGAGAGGGCUGCUAGAGAAGAAAUACUUGCCAAUGGAGGAAGUCUUUCACAUCACCAUGGAGUAGGCAAAUUGCGGAAGCGCUGGAUGAAGGAGAGCAUCUCUGAUGUUGGCUUGGGAAUGCUGAGAUCUGUUAAAGAAUAUGUGGACCCCAAUAACAUCUUUGGAAACAAAAAUCUUUUAUAAAGCCCUGCACAAAUGAUGUACUAAGAAUUAAAAAUUACUGUUGAAAUUCCUCCAUUUUCAUUGUACUGAUAUCCCAGUAAUCAAAUAUAACAUAGGCUAAACUUUAAAAACUAGUGACUUACAUUGAUUUUUGCUACUCCCUUCCCCCUUCCCCCAAAUAAAGUGUAAACAUCACUGUUAAUGUUUAUGGACUUUUACUUUAAAAUGUUCUAACCUACUGGGCACAAAGUACCAACCAGGAAAUGCAAAAUUGGGGUUCCACGUUGGGCUAGGCAGCACAGCUGACAGAAUUUUCAGUGCUGGGUACUGACAGAUGUUUCUUACUUAAAGCAUCCCCUGCAAGGAGGAUGAAGACUGACAACAGUGUUUUCUACAGAAGCAGCUGCACAGCCCAGCCUCUUGCUAAAGGAAAGCUGCUAAGAGGCAGAUGAGAGAACACCAAGGAGUACCUCCCUGUACUGGAUUAAGUAUGUAACAGACUUGUAACCAGCAAUUAGAGUACAAGUAUAGGCUUUCAUCAAAAGAUAAAGUGUAAGUCAAACUGCUAAGAAUUCAGUAGUUCUCACUGUAAUACUACUGGAAAAUCUUACACAAUUGAGCUGUUCUGCGUUGUAUUUGCAUUGCUGGGAUAAUCUUUAAUUAAUUGUAGGUCAGUCACUAAGUUUUGUACAAUGGACGUUUCUCAGUGUAUGUUGAAAACAGGUUUGUAACAAAAUUUUGUGUUCAUCUGUACUUCAGUCCUAGUGUGUAUGGGUUUUGUUCCUGUUGUGUUUGUUUUGCACAGAUGCAAACUACCUUUUUCAGUUAUUCAAAUCAAACUGCCCAGCACUGUCUUUUGAAACAGUCACAACAGUUUAAUAAAACACUUAAAUGGACAACCUACUGUCAUCCUGGAAGUGAGAUUUCCCCUUUAAGUUUUGUACAGUUUCCUAUGGCCUUUAUGAAUAAUUUAUUUACCUCACAAAUAGCCACAAUUUUAAUUGUCCAUUGAACUUUAUGAAAAUGAAAUAUUUUCUUGAUCAGUAUCAUGUGAGAGUAAGCAUUUUUACAUUGAAACUUGAAUCUUAAUCAGUAAAAUAAACAAAAUAUUUCUCAGUA